GAGACCCGAGAAGCGCACGGUGCUGCUUAGACGCGUCAGGAGUGCAGCCCGCCCCAAGAAUCAAGAAUACCAACUAAAUCCAGCAAAGUGUUUAUUUGUUGUCAAAUAAGUGUUUUGUCAUAAAUUAGAUUUUUAAAUAUUUUACUGUGCGCGAGGAUGAGGCGCGUGGUGCUCUUAGCGCUGUGCGCGUGCAGCGCGGUGAUGUGUUUGCCAAAGUUCGGCAGGAUUAAGCGACAAGGACAAGAGCAGCAGGUGCUGGACAUUCCUGUGGAAGAGCUGGCAUACACACGCCAAGCUGGCUGUACAGAGAAUGGGCAAUUUUACCGGCUCAAUGACCAAUGGGAACGGCCCUACAUGGCAAGCACGUUACUGUGCACAUGCAAAGGAUCGGCAGGCAUCCAGUGUGAAUCCAAACCUGCAGCUGAAGAGAUGUGCUUCGAUAAAAUCAACGCAAGGUCGUACCGUGUGGGCGAGACGUACGAGAGGCCGAAGGACAGGAUGAUCUGGGACUGCACCUGCAUUGGAUCAGGUCGAGGCAAAAUCAGCUGCACCAUCGCAAAUCGCUGCCAUGAAGGAGGUAGCUCGUACAGAAUCGGCGAGACCUGGACACGACCCCACGACACAGGCGACUACAUGCUUGAGUGUGUGUGUCUCGGCAACGGAAAGGGCGAGUGGACCUGCAAACCCAUUGCCGAGCGCUGCUAUGACACAUCACUGGGCACGUCGUAUGUGGUUGGACAGACUUGGGAGAAAUCUUACCAGGGCUGGAUGAUCGUCGACUGCACGUGUCUUGGCGAAGGGAACGGACGCAUCACCUGCAGCUCCCGGAACCGCUGUAACGACCAGGACAUGAAGAAGUCGUAUCGUAUUGGCGAGACGUGGAACAAAGUGGACACGCAGGGCCGCAGUCAGCAGUGUGUGUGUAUGGGAAAUGGACGCGGCGAAUGGAAAUGCGAGAGUAAUUCUGCUCAAACAGCCCUUGGUGAGUGUGAUACAGGUUCAGGUUCGGCCUUGUCCACCGAGGUCAGACCCGUCACUCAUCAGCUGGCCAUUGUGCCUGAGCUGGUUGCUACUGGCGCGUGUCAAACCGGAUCUGGCACCACCUACUACAAUGGCAUGCGCUGGGUCCAAACUCAGGGAAGUCAGCAGAUGAUGUGCACCUGCAUUAAUGGAGGCAUCAGCUGUGAAGAAUGGGAUGGUCAAUCUCACGUGUAUGGAGGGAACUCCAACGGGCAGCCAUGUGUGUUCCCCUUUGUUUUUGGACAAAAAACACACUACUCGUGCAUCUCUGAAGGCCGAUCUGACGGGCAGCUAUGGUGCAGCACCACCUCCGACUACGACACAGAUCGCCAGUACUCCUUCUGCACUCAGAGAAACUUGAUGGUUACAACUCGUGGUGGAAACUCUAACGGCGCACUGUGCCACUUUCCCUUCCUGUACAAUGGGCGUAAUUACACAGACUGCACAGCUGAUGGCCGACGGGAUGGGAUGAAGUGGUGUGGCACUACAGAGAACUACGAUGAAGAGCGACACUACGGAUUCUGUCCCAUGGCAGCUCAUGAGGAAAUCUGCACAGUAAACGACGUCAUGUACCGCCUGGGGGAUGAGUGGGACAAGCGCCAUGACACCAUGGGCCACAUGAUGCGCUGCAAGUGUUUGGGUAACGGCCGUGGCGAGUGGAGCUGCGUCGCCUACUCACAGCUUCGAGAUCAGUGUAUUGUAGAAGGACUCACAUAUGAAGUCGGGCAGAAGUUUGACAAGAGGCACAACGAGGGCUACAUGAUGAACUGCACGUGCUUCGGUCAGGGCCGCGGACGCUGGAAAUGCGAUGCUAUCGAUCAGUGCCAAGAAGCUGAGACAAAAGUGUUCUAUCAGAUCAGCGAGACGUGGGAUAAAGUGAGCCAUGGCGUCCAGUAUCGUUGUACCUGUUACGGAAACGGUAUCGGAGAACACGCCUGCGAGCCUCUCCAGUCCCAGGUUCCAGUACGCGUGACCAUCACAGAGACAGGAAACAAGCCCAACUCACACCCCAUCCAGUGGAACCCACCAGCAUCAGCCCACAUCACCCAGUACAUCCUCAAGUGGAGAGUGAAAAACACUCGCACUCCGUGGAAGGAGGUUAUUAUUCCCAGCCACAUCAACUCCUACACCAUCUCAGGCCUGAAGCCGGGGCUCACCUAUGAGGGUCAGCUCAUUAGCAUCCUUAGCUACGGUCACAGAGAGGUGACCAGAUUCGACUUCACCACAUCCUACGGCUCACUGGUUCCUACUGAAGGCAUGACCACAGAGCCCAUUCGAGUGGUGGACACGUCUGAAUCCGUCACUGAGAUCACAUCCAGCAGUUUCGUUGUUUCCUGGACAUCAGCGUCUGAGACCAUCUCCGGAUUCAGAGUGCAGUAUGAACUCUCUGAGGAGGGAGCCGAGCCCACGGUGCUCGAUCUUCCUCGCACAGCAACAUCAGUGAACAUCGACAAUCUCCUACCAGGCCGAACGUACCAAGUCCAGGUUUACGAAGUUGAGCCGGAAGGAAAUACAAAUCUCAUCCUCACCACCACUCAGUCCACCGCUCCUGAUGCUCCCACCAGUCACAGAGUUACAAAUGUCGGGGAAACGUCCAUUGUGAUCUCCUGGACCAAACCACAAGCGCCGAUCACCAGUUACCGUGUGGUAUAUACCCCAUCCCUUGAAGGCAGCAGCACUGAGCUCAUCCUGGCUGAGACGGUGACCUCAGUGAACCUGGUUGACCUUCAGCCGGGUCAGUCGUAUAACGUUAGUAUCUUUGCUGUGGAGGGAAACCUGGAGAGUGAACCGAUGGUGCUGCAGGUCCACACAGCCGGAGAGCCGCACCCUGAGGAAUUCCAGGCACCGACUGAGCUGCAUUUCUAUGAGGUGAAUGACAUGAAGAUCACUAUCACAUGGACUGGACCACCCAGCGAGGUAUCAGGCUACCGUGUGACCUAUGUACCUGUAGGUUCCGACGGCCAGGUGACACAGAGGCCUCUACAGCUUCCCGUCACGCCCAACGCCUAUGCUGAGAUCACACACCUGCAGCCCGCCACCUUGUACCGCUUCUACGUCUACGCUGUCUAUGGUGGACCCGAGAGCCAGCCGCUGGUGGGAGAGAAGUCAACACGGCCUGAUGCUCCUACAGACCUAAACUUCCCAGAAGUCACAGAAGACACUGUUCUGGUGGUGUGGUCUGCCCCACAAGCCCAAAUCACCGGUUAUCGCCUCUUCAUUACUGCAGAGGACUCCACCACCCCGACGCAGGUUAGAGUCCGACCCGAGGAGACCCAGUACACCGUCCAGGACCUGCGGCCGGAUACAUUGUACACCAUUACAGUGUACUCAGAGCAUGGCAGCACGCUGAGCGAGGGCAUCUCCGGAACCAUUACCACUUCUGUGCCAUUCGGUAAUGCCCCCCGUUUCUCCACGGACGUCACCGACACGUCCAUCAUCAUCUCCUGGACUCCUGUUCCUCGCUUCAGCUACAGGAUGUCAGUGAAGCCCAGUGAGGGUGGCGAAGCUCCCAGGGUCGUGACCUCUGACUCAGGAAGCAUCUACAUCUCAGGCCUGACCCCUGGAGUGGAAUACACCUACAGCCUGCAGCCCAUGUUCAACGGCCGAAAUCAGGGCAGCCCCAUCACACGCAACACCGUUACACCAUUGACCCCACCUAGUCAUCUGAAUCUGGUGUCCAACCCCUACACGGGCAACCUCAACGUUCACUGGCAGGCAACCGCCACUCCCGACAUCACAGGUUACCGGGUGACAUGUUCACCCACUUCAGGGCAGCGUGGGAACGCUCUGGAGGAGUUUGUCCGAGGUGGGCAGACUUCCUGUACGCUGGAGAACCUGAGCCCUGGUGUGGAGUAUAACGUUAGUGUCUACGCCGUUAAAAACCACUUGGAGAGCGAACCCAUUUCAUCAGUUAUCACACAAGACGUGCCAAAGGUGAGAGACCUCAGCUACGGUAAUGUCACAGACACCACCAUCGGGAUUCAGUGGACGCUUAUAAACAACCCCGCCGUUACGGGAUACCGCAUCACGGUACUAGCCGCUGGGCAGAGUUUGCCCAUCCUGGAGGAUUCGCUGGAUUCAUCCACCAGUUUUUAUUUGGUUCGAGGGUUGGAGCCCGGUGUUGACUACCACAUCAGCGUGAUUGUGCUAACAGAGGAGAGCGAGAGCGAGCCAACAACGAUCACGCAGCAAACGCAAGCUGCCGUUCCUGCUCCAACCAACCUGAAUUUCGGUGAAGUCGGUCCAGACUCUAUGCGCCUCUCCUGGUCCCGCCCCUCUGUCCGCCAGUCAGAGAUCAGCCGCUUUGUUAUCCGCUAUCAUCCGAGCAACAACGACGACAACAUACAAGAAGUAAAUGUGGGCGGAGCCACCAGUACCUAUCUCCUCCAAAAUCUGCUUCCAAUCACUGAGUAUGUGGUGAGUGUGUCAUGUGUGUAUGGUGAGCGAGAGAGCAUCCCGGUCACGGGCAGACAGACCACAACUCUCGAUGCUCCAACCACUCUCGUCUUCUCUGAUGUCGUCACUCACUCAUUAACGGCACAUUGGCGGGCACCGAGGGCCCAGAUUACAGGCUACCGGUUGGUGUACAUGGCGACCAAAGGGGGACGCCGUCAGGAGGAGCGUCUGCCACCGAGCCGCACCCAUUAUGUCCUAAAUAACCUGCAGCCCGACACUUUGUACACCUUGAACAUCUACGCUGUCAGGGGCCACCAGGAGAGUCAACCUCUCACUGGCACACAGUCUACCAUCUCAGACGCUCCCACGGACCUGGAGGUGACGUCAUCCACCCCGACCAGCAUCACCAUCUCCUGGGACGCUCCUGCUAUUCCAGUGCGCUACUACAGGAUCAACUAUGGACAAACUGGAGACCGUGGCCCUGGCAAGGACUUCACUGUGCCGGGUACAGACUCCACCAGCACCAUCAGUGGCCUGCAGCCAGGCACUGAUUACACCAUCACCAUCUAUGCCGUGACUGGCAGAGGAGACAGUCCAGCAUCCAGCACACCAACCAUCAUCACACACCGCACUGGCAGCCAUGGCGCCCCAUCUCCCACAGACCUAGACGUGAGCGAUAUCCAGGACCAGGCUAUUAUUGUGCGCUGGACACCUGCCAGAGGCCCAAUCACUGGUUACAGGGUCACCGGGAAACCUAAAAAUGGAGUGGGACCCACUUUCUCCAAGGAGGUGGGACCUGAUAAGACAGAGUUGAGAAUAACAGGUCUGGUACCAACAGUGGAGUACGUAAUCAGCGUGUAUGCCAUCACUCGUGAUGGACAAAGCACACCAGUGGUGCAGAAAGCUAUAAAUUCACCAGACAGUCCCACGGAUAUGAAGUUCCCUGACGUGGACAGCUCCGCAGUGACAGACCGAGGCUCUGCUACGGACUCAGAGGGAACGCACACCACUGCAAGCAUCCCCGCCCCCACAAACAUCCAGUUUGGAGACGUGGGCCCCUCGUCCUUCGUGGUGCUCUGGAGGCCACCAAGCGCCAGGCUCAACGGAUACCGUGUCCUUGUGACACCCAAAAACAACUUUGCGCAAACAAAAGAGAUGAACGUUGCUCCUGAUGCCAUGCAGGCCACCAUCACUGGGCUUCUGGUGUCCACGUUGUAUGAGGUGCAUGUGUACGCACUGAAGGGUUCAGCCAGCAGCCCACCACUCAUUGGAGAGAUCUCUACAACUGAAGACAUCAGCCCUCCUCGGCGCACUCGCAUCAAUGAUGUGAAGGACACGAGCAUUACAAUCAGCUGGCGCUCGAAGAUCGAGCCAAUGACAGGCUUCCUGAUUGAGGCCAAGCCGCUCUCAGGAGAGAGUCCAACCAUUAGGAAGGAGAUUCCAGCUGAACAUCGCAGUGCCAUAAUUACUGGUCUUCAGCCUGCCACCACUUACUCCAUCAACAUCUACACACUGAAUGGAGACAGACGCAGUGAACCCUUCACACUCACCGCCAAAACAAUUGGCUCGUCCCUUCCGCCCCCCACUGACCUCCGGUUCCUAUCUGCAACUCCGAAUUCCAUCUCCUUCAAAUGGCAACCGCCCACCAGCCAUAUCACUGGAUAUUAUGUCACCUAUGAAGAAGAAGGAAGCAGCCCACAGGAGCUCACGCCACGCCCACACGCCGGCGCAAACUAUGCCUCCAUCACAGGUCUGAAACCAGCCACUGUGUACAUCAUAAAGAUCAUCGCUCUGCAGAACACACUGAGAAGUCCAGCACUGGUGGGCAAGACCAGAACGCAUUCACUGCCUUUGCUGCCCAUACGUCCGCACCACCUUGGUCCCCUGGACGUACCUGAGACGGACAUCGUGGUGAACGUGGUUGGUCCGACGGUGCAGCCGAGACCAGACGAGCGAGGCCAGAGCAUGGAGUACACAGAAUACAACAACCAGCCCACUCUCCCUCACAGCGGGCACCAACCAAACCCCUACAUCCCCGGGGUGGGCCAAACUCUCAUCUACGUGCCUGCCCCGGGGCCGGAUGGGUCACGAGUGCCCAAGGUGGUGCAACUGAGCGACAGGAACGCUCACAGUCUCCUUUUUACAGAAAAUAAGACGGGGACGCCGCAGGAGGCUCAGACUCAGACCACCAUCAGCUGGAAUCCCUUCAAGCAGAGCAAAGCCUACUUUGUGUCCUGCCAUCCAAUCUCACAGCGCAAUGAAAAGAUGUUCCAGAUGCAACUUCCUGCCACCUCCACCAGUGCCACACUGAUCGGCCUCACAUCCGGUGCUUCAUACCGUGUCCUCGUCGAGGCUCUAAAGGAUGCUCUCAAAUACAAAAUCCUAGAUGAGGUCAUCACCACCGGUAACACAGAUCCAGCAGGCGUUCCAGCCAGUGACGAUUCGUGCUAUGACACCUUGACGGCUACUCAUCACAACGUUGGCGAUGAGUGGGAGCGCAUGUCCGAGACCGGCUUCAAGCUGUGGUGCAGGUGCCUGGGACUGGGCAGCGGCCACUUCCGAUGCGACUCCUCCAAGUGGUGCCAUGACAACGGCCAUAACUACCGCAUCGGCGAGCGCUGGGAGAGACGAGAGGAAACUGGUCAAAUAAUGAGUUGCACCUGCAUCGGCAACGGCAAGGGAGAGUUCAAGUGCGAGCCACACGAGUCGACCUGUUUUGAUGAUGGAAAGACAUACCACGUGGGCAACCAAUGGCAGAAGGAGUAUCUCGGUGGGAUCUGUACCUGCACCUGUUAUGGAGGACAGCAGGGUUGGCGUUGUGAAAACUGCAGGAAGCCCGGAACAGAGAUCAACGCUCAUCUGCUGAAGCCUGUCCGCUACGGAGACGGCAUCGCUAAAGUGAAUAUUCAGUGCCCAAUUGAGUGUCUCCGGCCGGAUAUUCUUGCUGACGCCGUGGCUAAUCCCAACCCGAGAGAGUGAAGCAAUAAAAUCCAUCCCUCCGUGUAACAUGGCUCGGAUCUGACAACUUUGAAACUGUUCUAAGCUCCCUAGCGCCUUAAAGCCUUCCUACUGGUUACUGCAAUCACUGCUGCUGCUUCCCAGCUAAUCAGCAUGGUCAAAAUGACACCAUAGCGACGCCAUUGCAAUUUUUACUGCAUUUAAUUGGUCAUGCUGUUGUUCAAGCAUUUGAUUGGCUUUCAAUUUUUUUCCACUAAACACAUGAUGUUAUCAUUUUUAAAUAAAAACAAAUAAAAUGAAAUAAAUCUACUUCUCCAGUGUUAUUAAAAUGAACUUAAUGAUAAACCUAUUUUUAUGACUGCACAUAGAAGAGCACAAAUCAAGCACUGAUAAUGCUGAGAAUGUUCCAUGAGCUUUUAGUGCAUCUUUUUUAAUUUAUCCUUUUUUUUCUUUUAGAUGAGAUUUUCACGCAGACCCAGCACUGUUCAUUAGAUCAACACCUGAUUUUUCACCUGAUUUGUCAAAUGCCUUGAUUUAUUUAUCCCUUUGUUCCUUCAUGUGUUUUAUUAAAUUCAGUUAAGAAAGUGAUUGUACUGUUGGUGCCAAAGUCUUCACUACUGUCUCAUUUCUGUUUUUAAUAAAGUUUUACAAAAGGA